AUGCAGACUUCUCCAAGUUUUUCGAUAACCAUUUCUGUGACUCCCCCUGCUGCUUGGAGACACACUGAUUGGGGGCGACUAGGAGAUGAAACAGGAUAUGCAAUGGGAGCCGUUACCAACUGUGACUCAAAUAUAAAGAAUAAAGCCCUUUUUCAGACCCCGUUUUACGGGUGUCCAGAACCCCCAGUAGGAAGGAGGAGAACCUGUGGGUCCCAUGGAGAUUUCUACUGUAAAGCAUGGGGUUGUGAGACUCUCACCGAUGGGGACCCCGAGUGGGUAAAAGGGCAAACCUGGGGCAUCUGCCCGUAUGUCGCAGGGAGAGACCCAGGAACCUUCUUCACUGUAAAGAGAUUGCCCACCAGGGGAAGGCCCCUCCUAAGAGGAGCGGCAGGCAGGUUGCCACCUCGCCCACCCAGCCCAACUGCAGGCCUAGCCGCUACGCGUUCUCCUGACCUAAAGGGAACCGGGCCCCCUCCCAGGACAACUGAAACCCCAGCAUCAGAAGAAAAACCAAGGCCACCCCUCCGUAGCCCACCACCCUUGGUAGGUAGGCCUCAUCAUCAAGGAGAGUCGGCCCUAAGCCUCUUGGAACAAGUGUUUCCUUAUUUUAACUAUACUAUGCCAAACAUUACUAAGUCCUGUUGGUUAUGCCUUAGCCCAAGGCCCCCAUUCUAUGUUGGCCUGGGGGUUAACUCCUCCGCAGGGGGAAAUAACACUCCCAUCACAAUGCAACUUCCCCAAGGGAAAAGACAGGUGCAAGGUCUUGAACAAUGUGAAUUUGAAGGUACCAUCACCUUGGCAGAGUUUCAUGGACAGGGAACCUGUUACCUGUUAGCUAAUUUCACCCUCAAUGAUUCGAAUUAUGCAGAUUACUGUCUCAACCUAGUAUACAUACCGAAGACCCCAGGAACAUUGACUGUAACAAGAGCCCCAGAAGGGCUAUGGUUUAUAUGUACCCAAGGUAUUUUUAAAUGUCUAGUUCCUACUAACCCAGAACUUUGUGUUAGUGCAUAUAUUAUUCCCCAAGUAUACCUGUAUGGAGGGGAUCCCAACUUUGUGCUACGACCCCCUUCCAGAGUCAAGCGGACUCCAUUGCUCAUACCCAUAGCUGCCACUAUUGGUAUAAUUGGAUCAGCAGCUGUUGGAGCGGGGGCACUAAUCCAUGGGGAGAAUAGCCUUAGACAGUUAUCGCAGACAUUCUCUAAAGAUGUCUCCCUGCUCCAGGAACAAGUAAUGUUCCUAGAACGCCAAGUAGACUCCUUAGCUGAGGUAGCACUUCAGAACCGAAGGGGGCUUGAUCUUGUGUUUCUUCAACAAGGAGGACUAUGUGCAGCCUUAGGGGAAGAGUGCUGUUUUUAUGCUAACCAUUCAGGGGUAAUCAGAGAAAGCAUAAAGAUGCUAACCAAGAGACUAAAAGAAAGAGAACAAGAGGAAGAGACCUCUUCGUGGUAUGCCUCUCUGUUUAAAGCUUCCCCUUGGCUGACCACGCUUAUUUCCGCAUUAGCUGGCCCUAUACUUAUCCUAUUGCUUGCCCUGACUGCAGGACCCUGGAUCUUGAAUAAGAUUUUUGCAUUCAUCAGGGACAGGAUUGAUGCCAUCAAGCUUAUGGUAUUGUCCCAACCAUAA